ACAAAGAGCACGUCGAAUUCAGCAGCGUUGUACAUGACAUGCGUGAGAUGUGAGCUUUAUUCUUAAAUAUGGCUUAAAUUUGUUAGGCAUAUAUUAUUACAUUCUCAUUUGCUAUUUGGCAGUGGCUAAUAUGUUAUUGCAAGCAAUAAAUAUGUCGUUUGUUAAUUAAUUUACGUUAUGUUUAUGUAGCGUUAGCUUGGCUAAAAAUACUAGCAAUCUAUUGUAACGUUAGUGACUUAAAUUGCGGAGUAAACAUAGACAUUGCCAUUCGAAGGACAACAGUAAAGUUUCAGUCACUCGAGAUUCACAUGAAAUAGCAAAACCACUUGAAAGAACGACUGUAUAUUUACAUUUGGGCGUCCGACAUGAACGGGCAAGCUGAAGUAGAGGUGGAUUACAAGAGAAAAUACAAAAAUCUUAAACGCAAGUUAAAGUUUCUUGUGUAUGAGCAAGAGUGUUUUCAAGAAGAGCUGAGAAGAGCUCAGAGGAAACUAUUAAAAGUUUCUAGAGACAAAAGUUUUCUGUUGGACAGGCUGUUGCAGUAUGAAAGGGUGGAUGAAGAAUCAUCUGACUCUGAUGCAACAGUUUCCUCAGACAGUGAUGGAGAGGGAGCCAGAGAGAGAGACAGGGAAGCAGGGAAAAAGAGGAGGAGUCCUGGAGUUCCUCCUGUUCCGUCGUCCUCAUCUCCUCAUCUGUCUCUCCUGUCCCGCUCUGGUGCUCUCCAGUCCUCUGCUUCAGCACAAUACCUCAAUGCUUUACCCUUCCCUCCUGAGUAUUUGGCUCCCUCUGCUGAGCGAGUGAAGAAAGAGAGAAAAACAAAACUGGCCAAACACAGGAAAGAUGGUUCAGGGAAGGUGGUUGGUCCACUCUCUUCCAGUUACCCAGCGGGCAGUGGUGCAGCGGGGGGUGCGAGUGGGCCAUUCAGCUGGGUCCCGCAGCAGAUGCUGAGCGAAGACGCAGGAGAGGACGAGGGAGACAGUGAAGUAGAGAGUGACCGAGGAGAGGAGGAGAGAGGAGAGGGAGAUGAGGCAGAGUUGGUCAUUGACAUACCCAAUGAGUGAAGGUGCCGAAAGAAACUACAAGCAAAACAUGAUCAUUUUUGUUCUUUAAUGUUUUUUUUAUAUUAAAUAUUUUAAAUACA